GUGGUGGUGGAUUUUUCAUCCCCUAACAUUGCAAAGGAGAUGCAUGUUGGCCACCUGCGGUCUACGAUCAUUGGAGAAAGUAUGUGCCGACUGUUUGAAUUUGCAGGUUAUGAUGUUUUGAGGUUAAACCAUUUAGGAGAUUGGGGCACCCAGUUUGGAAUGCUCAUUGCUCACCUCCAAGACAAAUUUCCGGAUUACUUAACUGUUUCUCCUCCUAUUGGGGAUCUCCAAGCUUUUUACAAGGAAUCCAAGAGGAGGUUUGACACAGAGGAGGAAUUUAAGAAACGUGCCUACCAAUGUGUGGUGCUGCUGCAGAGCAAAAACCCGGACUUCAUUAAGGCAUGGGAACUGAUCUGUGAUGUGUCGCGGAAAGAGUUCCAGAAAAUCUACAACUGCUUGGACAUCACACUCGUAGAGAGAGGGGAAUCAUUCUACCAUGAGAUGAUGAAAGACAUCGUGAAAGAAUUUGAAGAUAAAGGAUUUGUCCAGGUUGAUGAUGGCCGGAAGAUCGUGUUUGUCCCAGGUUUCCCUGUCCCCUUGACGAUCAUGAAAUCGGAUGGAGGUUACACAUAUGACACAUCUGACUUAGCUGCUCUUAAACACAGGCUAUGUGAAGAGAAGGCUGAUAUCCUUAUUUAUGUUGUCGAUAGCGGCCAGUCGGUGCAUUUACAAACAGUGUUUGCAGCUGGACAGAUGAUCGGCUGGUAUGAUCCCAAAGUAACCAGAGUGGCCCAUGCUGCGUUCGGAGUGGUGCUGGGAGAAGACAAGAAGAAGUUCAAAACUCGUUCAGGGGAUACAGUGCGUCUUAUAGAUCUGCUGGAAGAAGGGCUGAAACGAGCUAUGGACAAGCUGAAAGACAAGGAACGGGACAAGGUCCUCACGGCAGAAGAGCUGAAAGCUGCCCAGAUGUCAGUCGCUUUUGGAUGUAUUAAAUACGCAGAUCUCUCCCACAACAGACUAAAUGAUUACGUAUUCUCCUUUGACAAGAUGCUGGAUGACCGAGGAAAUACAGCUGCUUAUUUGCUGUAUGCCUUCACACGGAUCAGGGCUAUUGCUCGCCUGGCCAAUAUUGAUGAGCAGAUGCUGCGGAAGGCAGCCAGGGAGGAGGUGCUUAUCCUUGACCAUGAGAAGGAGUGGAAACUGGGCAAGUGCAUCCUGAGGUUCCCCGAGAUCCUGCAGAAGAUCCUGGAGGACUUGUUGUUACACACGCUCUGUGACUACCUGUAUGAGCUGGCCACCACCUUCACAGAGUUCUACGACAACUGCUACUGCGUUGAGAAGGACAGGCAGAGCGGCCAGAUUGUGAAGGUGAACAUGUGGAGGCUGCUGCUGUGUGAAGCCACUGCCACCGUCAUGGCCAAAGGAUUCGACAUCCUGGGGAUCAAGCCUGUGCAGAGGAUGUAGCGGUUCCCUGUGGGGUGACAAUAAAGGGACUAAACAACUG